UCCCGGUGCAUGCCAAACAGGUGCUGGGAGAUGUCAGCCAUUCCCCGCCCUGGCGGGAGGGGACAGCGGCAGUGGCCGCUGCCUCAGAGCCACCUGUGCUCAGGAGCCGGCACUGCCCGUCGCGGCGGGCAGGACAGGGCUGUCGCCGCGCUGGGCAGGGCAGGGGUGUCGCCGUCCAGGCCGGUCCCUAACGGGGACAGCUGCUGGCUCUUGCCUUGGCCGGCAGGCGAGGCGUGGGGAGGUGCUGGUGCUGCCCAGCAGCAGGUGAGAGCUGGCGGCGGUGACAGGGCGGGUUAAUGCUUGAGGCAGAUCCUGGGCAGGUCCUGACUGGACCUGGCUGAUGUCAGGCAUUGUCCUGGUGUUACUUCAGGCGUCUACAGCGUGUUAAGUGGUCUACCAGGGAGAGGCUGAUGCUUUCAUGGAGACUGAUACUAUGUAUGGAGCCCCGUGCAGUGUGCUUUGCUGGAUUGUGACAGUGGAAAUCACUGGUAUCUGUGUCUGCUGAGGGUCAUCUUGCGUAAACUGGUAACAGUUUAAAAAGCCUGGUUUGAAUGCCCAUCACCACCAGUCUCAGAAGGUGAGGUUUUGGUGAGCCUUGAAAAUUACUGAUCCAGUAAACUGUUAGGACACCUUUUGGGCCACUAGAUGUGUAAACAUUGUUUUGCUGUGUGGAUUAUAGGCUUGAUGAGUGUAGCUGCCAGUGCAUGACUGCUUUUAAUGUCCCUUGAAGCUCCUGAAAAUCCAUGGGAAAUUAUUGGUGCUUUAAUAUGCAGGACUGACCUGGCAGUCUGUAGCUUGUAAAUUGCUGAGAAUUGGCUGUACUUAACCAGCUUAAACCAGAAUCAGGCUCUUGCUUUGCAUGCUGCUUUGGGAUUGACUUCCAGUCCUUAACACUUGUUUUCAUUAUGAGGUGAAGUUAAAUCAUCUGGAAGUAUAACUGCUUACAAAUGGUGUCUGGAGAUUUUUCUUAAUCAUAGUUAAAACUUUUUCAAUCCACCUCAGUUUUUUAAAAAAUAGUUUUAUAGCUCAAGAUCUUCAACCACAGUUAAUAAGAACCUCAUCUUUUGGAUGCUGUUCUGGAGGUAUCUUGGAGAAGCCAUGUUUGCAUGGUACAUGAACACUGGCUCUUCAUAGCAACUGAAAGACAGGUUUCAAGGUGACCUUAGAGGAUCCUCUGUGGGGUGCAAAAGUUUUGUGAUCGCUUCCUCUGCAGAGGAUUAAGCUAAUAAAAAGGCAAUCCUACAGCAGCUCACGAGAGUGCAUGCUUACAUAUAUACUUUCAUACUGUGUGAGGUGUACAGAUUUGAGCCUCAGUAGGCCUAAAGACAGCCUUGGAUGCGGGCAAGGUCAUGUCCCCUUCACAUGUGUUCCUUGACAUAGGGCAAGAUUCCUACCAGAAGCCCCUUGAUGCCUCAGUGCUUGGUCAGACAGCAGUAGCUUGCUCCAUAUGAAGAAGUCAUCUGAGGCUGCAGAUGGUAGAGCAGUAUCAAGUCUGAGAUUCAGAUUUAUACAGUGGAUGUCUCUCUGCAAAGCUAAACUGUAGUCCCACAUACAGGAGAAAGAGGAUCUGUUGAAUUUACUCACAUCUGCCUAUGCUUCUGUUGUUGAGUUUAUUUUGUGCUGUGGAAGACUAUUAUCUGGGCUCACACUUGUGUUCCAGAUUUGUUUUUCAGAAGGACUAAAAGCAGUGUCACUUAUGUCUACUUAUGGGCUGUGUAUGUUGAUUUGACCCAGUAAGAUAGAGAGCAGUUGCCUAUUGUGUCCUGCCGGGACAAAACUUUAUAAGAGCCCCUUUUGUAGGUUAAAUGCACAGCAGUGACUUUUCUCUCUGUUAUACAGAGGAGCCAAUAUACUGUUACACACCACACAACUUCACCCGCGAUCAAGCCUUGUAUGCCAGAGGAUAUUGUUGGACAGAAUUAAAAGAUGCCUUGCCAGGAGUUGAUGCCAGCCACUGGCCCUCCUUGUUUGAGCAUAAGUUCCUACCUUAUGCACUGCUGGCUUUUGCUGGGAUAAUGUACAUUCCAGCUCUGGGCUGGGAAUUUCUGGCCUCCACUCGACUGACUUCAGAGCUUAAUUUUUUGCUUCAGGAGAUCGAUAACUGCUACCACCGUGCAGCUGAAGGGCGGGCACCAAAAAUAGAGAAACAGAUUCAGUCCAAAGGCCCAGGGAUAACAGAGAGAGAGAAAAGAGAAAUCAUUGAGAAUGCAGAGAAGGAGAAAAGCCCUGAGCAGAAUUUGUUUGAGAAAUAUCUGGAAAGAAGAGGACGAAGUAACUUUUUAGCUAAGCUUUAUCUUGCAAGACAUCUGUUCAUCAUCUUUUUAAGCAUCAUACCAAUCACAUAUUUGUCCACCUACUAUGCUACACAGAAGCAAAAUGAAUUUACAUGUGCACUAGGUGAGCCUCCAGACAAAACAAGCAGCUCCAAAUUGCACAUCAGAGUGAACUGUAAACUGCCUUCUGUCCAGCUCCAGCGGAUUAUUGCUGGUGUAGAUAUCGUUCUCCUCUGCUUCAUGAACUUGAUAAUCCUCAUCAACUUGAUUCACCUCUUCAUAUUUCGCAAGUCUAACUUCAUAUUUGAUAAACUGAACAAAGUAGGAAUAAAGACCAAGAAACAGUGGCAGAAGUCCCAGUUUUGUGAUAUUAAUAUUUUGGCCAUGUUUUGUAAUGAAAAUAGGGACCACAUAAAAUCACUGAACCGUCUGGAUUUUAUUACAAAUGAAAGCGAUCUGAUGUACGACAACGUGGUGCGCCAGCUGCUCGCGGCACUGGCCCAGUCCAACCACGAUGCCACUCCGACCAUGCGUGAUUCAGGGAUUCAGACCAUAGACCCCAGCGUUGAUCCAGCAGACAUUGAUGCUAAUGAACAGCUCAUCAUUAAGAGGCCGAGGAAGAAGAUGAAAUGGAUCCCGACUACCAAUCCCCUUCCGCAGCCAUUCAAGGAGCAGUUAGCCAUUAUGAAGGUUGAGAACCACAAGCCUGACAAACCGAAGCCUGUGCGGAGAAAAACAGCGACAGACAGCCUUAUAGCUCCUUUGCUGGAGUCUGCUGCAAAAACCUCACAGCAAUCGUCCGCUCACAAGAGCGAGCCAAACGCCAUCCCAAGCACAAGCAGUGAAAAAAAGCACACACGGCACUUUUCCUUGGAUGUUCAUCCAUAUAUACUCAGUAGCAAAAAACCCAAGCCAGAGGUUCAAGCCAUCCCCUCGAUGCCUACGUCAAAAAGCCAAGAGGGUGGAUUUAUAAAUCAGGAAGAGAAUGUUGUAGUGCAUGUUACCUCCUCUCUCAAAGACACCCCUCAUCCUGCAAAAGAGAUCCUGUACUCAUCCGAGACAUGCAGAACUGUGCCUGCCGCUGCGGCUUUUGUCACGUGUAACCACAACCAUAUAGCCACCACUGCUGCUGCCACCAGUAUGGCUUUGAACCAGGUCAAGGCAGAGCCCACACCCGCACUGAGCUGCAACCCGGCCCACCCUUUGCUGCACAUCAACACGCUGUACGAGGACCAUGAGGAGGAGGUGUCCAACAUGAUGGACAAUGGGAUUCACUCGCCGAGCGACCCCGGGGAGAUGCUCUCCAUCCCCACCCCGAAGCAGAUCAGGCUGGCGACGUUUGACGAGCCCAUGGCCAUGGUGAGCUCGGUGGAGUACUGAGGGCCGGGCCGGGCCCUGCAGCACGGCAGCGCUGGCCGUGGUCCCCCAGCAAUGCAACUCACUGCAUGAGCAUGGAGAGUUUUCUCACGGACUAUAGCUUCUGGUAAUAACACCAAACGGUUCUUCAGGAUCACGUCAUAGGCACUGUCAGUCAUUUGCAAAAUAGGAUGAAGAAAAUCUGGUGGAAAUAGACCUUUAACACUAAGACAACCAUUAGCUCUAACUCUAAACUAUAGCUUCCUGAUUUAAAUGGGAAUUAGCACAAUUUAUGAACAUUAAGAGUCUAAUGGCAUGCCACAGCAAUUUUAGUGAGUGUUUAAAUCCUUUGCAUUCAGAAUCACUGAUUAAACUUAACAUGGAAGUGAGGUAUACUUUUUAAUGGCAGAAGUUAAAUAAGAGUUCUUUUCUAAGCAGGGAGGAUUUUUUUGUUUUUAAUUCAGGAUUAUGAAAAAGUUAUAUGCAAGCAAAAUUUGUGUUUGUUUGUUUAUUUAGCUCACUGAUGUUGGGCUUGAUGAAGACUUAGCUGAAAGGGCCUUACUACCACCAGCAUUUAAGUGCAAAAGAUUGACACACUCAAUCUCUUGCAUUUAUAAAUGAAAAUACCUGAAUUAUGCCCCGCCCUUUAACAUGCUUAUAUGUUUGAUGGAAGAUGAUUAAAUUAAGAGUUUAUUUUUUUAAAUAUAUUUUACCAUGGAAAAAAAUUACUUUAAUAACUUUUCAAACCAGGUGUUACUUUUAACAAAAUGUGUAGAAGAGAGUCAUUGUAGCUGCUUAUUUUUUCAUAGUGUAUUUAUGAACCAGGUUAGAAACUUUCAUGGGUGCUUCACUGAUAUGAACAAACUUACAGAGGUCAUUACAAAAUAUCUUACAAAAUGUGAAACCAGCAAACCUGUUUUCAAACAGUUUUAACACACAGUUAAAGAAGUCUAUUAAUUCAGUUCUACAGAUUUGGCUAGUCCUUGAUUCAGCAAAAAUUAAGGCCAUGGAUGACACUGAAAUGACUCAUGUCUAAAACUAAGCACACACUGAAAUGGCUUUGCUGGAUCUGGGCUCUAGUGAAGGCAGACAAUAAUGCUGCAGUAUGUGCUAUCACUGAUUCAGUAUUUGCCAUCCUUGGCUCAAAGCACAUCUUCAUGCCCAUCUUCCUAUAAUUACGAUAUGUGUGAUCUAAUAGAAAACUCUAGUAUAAUAACUAAAACGUCUAUUAAAAGUGUAUCAUGCAAUAACCAUUCUCAGCAAAAUUAUAGUGAAACAAAAAGUGACUGUGCAAAACAAUAUUCCUAGCUGCAUUCAGAAUUACAGACUGUGUGUGUUUGCUUCAAAAUGAUGUAUAAUGGUAGAAAAAAAAUAUGCAGCACAAAUAUGGGACUGAAAUCUUGAGUUUAUUUUUAAUUUAUUACCUCAGACAUGGAUAUAUUAUACCAAUAUUUAAUGAAAAUAGUACUGAAAAUAAAUGCCUA